AUGUCUCAAACAACCAGCGAGUUCAUCUUCUUCAGGGUGAAGCCCUCCGUCCGGCCUGAAGAUCCGAACAACGAGGAAGGCGAACACCUUCUGACUAUUUUCCGCAACAUCCAACACGAAAGCGGGCACCAGAGCUCCGCAUGGGGUCGUUCAGUGGAGGAUGACAAUACGAUAGUAUGGGCAAUUAACUGGACCGAUGCUCGAGGCUCCGCAAGCACAGAACAUCUUACUCCAUACCUUGACCUGAAUGCCCAGCCUCCAACUUCAAUCUACGCAACUCUAAGCCCACCUCUCUGCAGCGCCGACGCACUAACCGAGAAUCCAAUAACGGAGCUAUGCACUUUAUCAUUUGCAAACUCACUCUCUGUCCCAGAAAAAAGACAGCUCAAUGGUGAUUUAAUCAACUUUCGGGCAGUAAUGGUUCAACAGCUGCCGGAAGGGUCGGGUCUAAAAUCAUGGUCGAUGGGGGAAGUGGAUCGGCCGAGUUUGGUGCAACAUGCGAAGAGUCCGAGCGGGCAAGCGACGCUUCACCUCCUGGUUGUUGGAUGGGAGUCUAUUGACGCGCAUAAGAAGUCAAGGGAGACAGAGCAGUUUGUUUCCAGUAUCUCGCCCAUUCGUGAGAAGUCGUUGGGGGCUAUUCCUGGGUUGGAGGUGAAGCAUGUCAGUUUUCAGAAGAUUUAG